AUGAAGACUUCAUUCCUUAGAGUUUCAUCUGAAGAAACACCAAACAGAAGACGUACAUUAGUUAAAGUUGCAACCGGUACCCUCCUCAGUGUUUCAGCAACCCUUCUCGCUCUUAACAUCUUCGGUUCUCAAGAGCAAAAAGUUAACUAAGUCAUGAAUCUUGCUUCCUUCAAUUAAUUUGCACCUAAAGGUUAAGUCAACUUGUACGGGGAUACAAGAUUUGAAGGAAGAAAAAUUUCUCUUUACCCAGGAUAUAAGGGCAAUCUUGGUAAUCUCAAUCCUGGAUUCAAUGAUUAGCUCAGUUCCAUCUAAAUUGGGUCAGGGUUAAGAGUCUUGUUUUGCUCAAACAAUAAUUGUGCAGGAAAUGGCUGGGAUGAAAAAUUUGAACUUCUUGGACCAUAUAAUGCACAAGACCUCUCAGUUAAUGACUGGGUUAGCUACGUAGAGGUUUACAGCUACGAUGAAAAGAAAGAUCCAAGAGUUAUGCUUCUAGGCGCUGGAGACUUCAACAUCGACAGAUCAGGAACCUUCCCACCAGGAACAUAUAUGACUAAUGAUAUUAUGAGAAAUGGUAUUGACAGACCAGGCUAUGGAGGAGGUGCAUCUGGCAUUGUUAUCCCAUCGAAUUUGAUAGCCUAUCUCUAUAAGGGAGAUUUCUUAGAGGGCGAGGUUAAAGCUAUAAGCGGACCUGCUUAGAUUGACCUCAUUAAAUACGAAAAUGGUGCUUGGAAUGAUAGAAUCGGUAGCAUGGUUAUUGCUAAGGUUUCCGAUACUCCAAUUACCAUAUCAGGAAGUUGGGAAAAGGUUGUAUCUUCUAAUGAUGCUAUAAGUAUAUAAGUUGAAGAAACAGCAGGUAUUGAUACUACUAAAACUAACUCUCAAGAAAUCAGUACUUCACUCACAGCCGGGUUUGAAGUUGGAGGAGAUGCCGUCGGUUACAAAUAUUCUAUCAGUGCCACUGUUGGAACAGCUAUCAGCAAAAGUGUAGCUUCUACAUUGAGCAAAUCAGGCAAAUUCACAAUUUAAGCAACUUGCUCAAAUCCCUCAAGAGUUAAAAUGACUCUUUGGCAAUGGAGAAUGACUGGAGUUAAGAACAACUAACUAGUCAUGGACAUGAAAGACAACGAAUUUAUUUGCAAGACUGGAGAGCAAGCACCUAGAUGUCCAGUUGGAUUCUGCUAAGAUGAUGAAUGCAAUUAUUGUAAGUCAGGACUCUAUCAGUGA